AUGUCUGUCGAUGUAAACAAUUUCAAAUCUUCUCAAGGACAGUGGAAGGAAACUCUCAAAGAACAGAAAUCAAAAUGUUGCCCUCUCUGUCUGUCCCUGAAGUUUCUUUUUUUUGCCACACAUCAGUUUUUCCUUCAUUUUCCUAUUUCUUUAUAUACUCUCUUCAUUUUUCUUUCCCUAAAUUUUUCUUUCUAUUUUAGCUUCUCAUCAGUUUUCCUUUAUUUAUUUAUUCUCCUUUUUCUUUCUUUUCUCUCAUCUUUCUUUCCCAAAAGUUUAGUUGUCUUUCUUUUUUUAGCCUCUCAUCAGCUUUUGUGUCUUUUCUUUUCUUCAUUUUCUUUUUUUCUUACAUCCUCUCAUCAGUUUUUCCUUCAUUUUCCUUUCUUUUCUUUCAUUUUUUUUCUAAAGAUGUUGUUCGUUUUUAGCCUCUCAGCAGUUUUUCCUUCAUUUUCCUUUCUUUUCUUUCAUUUUUUUUCUAAAGCUUUCCUUUAUUUCUUUCUUCAUUUUCCUUUUUCUUUCUUUUCUCUCAUCAUGUUUCUUUCCCUAAAGUUUUCUUUUUUUAGCCUCUCAUCGAUUUUUACCUUCAUUUUCCUUUUACUUUCUCUCAUUAUGUUUCUUUCCCUUGAUUUUUUUUCCUUUUUUAGUUUCAUCUGCUUUUCUUUUGUCUUCACUUUCUUCAUUUUCCCUUUUGAUUAUCUUUCCUUUCCUUUCCUUUUCUCUCAUCAUUUUUUUCCUUAA